GUUAUGACGUCACACAAACAGAGAGGCGAGAGAGCUCUUGAAACAGCUCUCAUUUAACCCCCUUUUUCCCCUCUUCCCGUCUCUCGUGGCGGCGCUGGGAGCCAUGAAUUCAGACGAGGAGUACCUGUACGACUGUGACAGCGGCAAUGAGUCCAGUGGCGAUGACGUGGGCCUGGAAUUCGACAUCGAUGGCGAAGCGGGGUCGGGAGGCACCAAAUACAAGGAUAUGGAAGAUUAUCCCUACGAAGUCCUUUCCACGGAGGAUAUCACGAGGCACAUGAUCGAGUGCAUCAAGGAGGUCAAUGGAGUGGUCAAUAUUCCUGUGACAACAACGAGAAUACUAUUGAAUCACUUUAAAUGGGACAAAGAGAAGUUAAUGGAGCGAUUUUAUGACGGAGACCAGGAGAAACUCUUCCUGGAAGCACACGUCGUCAGUCCUUACAAGACUCCCAAAGCUCAAAAGCCACUUGUUAAAAACAGUAAUGGGAUGGAGGAAUGCGAGAUCUGCUUUCUUAACAUGCCUUCAGCGAUGAUGACAGGCAUUGAGUGUGGGCACCGGUUCUGCACCAACUGCUGGACAGAAUACCUCACCACCAAGAUCAUUGACGAGGGCAUGGGACAGACGAUAUCAUGCGCUGCCCACCUGUGCUCGAUCCUGGUGGAUGAUCAGACUGUCAUGCGCCUCAUCACAGAUGCCAAGGUUAAACUCAAGUACCAGCAUCUCAUCACCAAGAGCUUUGUAGAGUGUAACCGUUUAUUGCGCUGGUGUCCAUACCCCGACUGCAACUAUGCGAUUAAGGUGCAAUAUCCAGAUGCCCGGCCUGUCAUGUGCAAGUGCCGCAAGGUGUUCUGCUUCAAUUGUGGAGAGAACUGGCAUGACCCUGUGAAGUGCCACCUCCUCAAGCGCUGGAUCAAGAAGUGCGACGAUGACUCAGAGACCUCCAACUGGAUCGCUGCGAACACAAAGGAGUGUCCAAAGUGUAAAGUGACCAUCGAGAAGGAUGGAGGCUGCAACCACAUGGUGUGUAAAAACCAAAGCUGUAAGGCCGACUUCUGCUGGGUGUGCCUCGGACCCUGGGAGCCCCAUGGAUCUUCAUGGUACUCGUGUAACAGAUAUGACGAGGACGAAGCCAAGCAAGCCCGAGAUGCCCAGGAGAAGUCCCGUGCUGCCCUUCAGCGCUAUCUGUUCUACUGCAACCGCUACAUGAACCACAUGCAGUCCCUCAAGUUUGAGAACAAACUUUACGCAGCUGUCAAGGAGAAGAUGGAAGAGAUGCAGCAACACAACAUGUCUUGGAUUGAGGUUCAGUUCCUAAAGAAAGCAGUUGACAUUCUUUGCGAUUGUCGGCAAACUCUCAUGUACACGUAUGUGUUUGCUUAUUAUUUGCGCAAGAACAACCAGUCCGUGAUAUUUGAAGAUAAUCAGAAAGAUGUCGAAAGUGCCACAGAAACGCUCAGUGAAUAUUUAGAGCGUGACAUAACCCAAGAAAAUUUGGCAGAUAUCAAACAAAAAGUUCAAGAUAAAUACAGGUACUGUGAUCAACGUCGUAGAAAAUUGCUGGAACACGUCCACGAGGGUUACGAGAAAGACUGGUGGGAGUAUACAGAGUUAUAAAUUAUACAUUGACCUUGAAUUCAUAUGCACAGGGUGUAAGAAUUAUUAAGUCAUAUAUCUGCUGAAGAAAAGAUAAGAAAAAAGACGAUUAAACAAGAAAAAGUAAAACCUAAAACGAAACAUUUGGUUGGACAAAAUUUCCGAGAUUACUGAGCAAGGAAGAAGCUGAAGGUGUGCGUGUAAAAGAGGAUUUUGAGCCUUUAAAGAAUUGUAGUCAUGACUAUUUAAUGUUAAACAACAAUAUACUUUAAAACCAUUUAUUGAGCAGGGAUGGAAAACUUAGAAGCCAAUUUUGCAUUCAAUCCUUUCAACACUCAUCUUUGUUUUUCCUUCUUUCUUUUUCAUAUCUUUUUUUAUCAUUGUUAUAAUCAUUAAGAGACAUAAUUAGAGACUGUGAUGAGGGUUGGAUGAGUUGAUAAGUCUAAAUUUUUAUUGUCCAAAAUUACAUUCCACACUUGUAGAACCAGACUAAAUGCAUCAGGAUGAGUAGUGGGAACAUCUUUCAUGUACCGUGAUGUAAAACUCGUGUGUAUGUAUAUAUAUGUGUAUAUAUGUAUAUUAUGUGUAUAUAUAUAUAUAUAUAUAUAUAUAUAUAUAUAUAUAUAUAUAUGCACUGUAUACAUAUACAUUUAUAUAAAAUGUGUGUAUAUGUAUAUAUAUUAUAUAUACAUACUUUCAUUAGUCAGCCUUUUUUGAAACUGCAGUGAUGCUAUGUAUUGUCUUAAACAUUGUUUUUAUUUCCCCCCAAGUUUCAUUUUAUUGCUUUGACAAUAUGCAUGGUACAAGGCAACAUCUGCCAAAUAAGGAAAACUUGCUGGAUAUUCUUUGGGUGAAGAAAAAUUUGAAAUAGCAAGUAAACAGUUGAACAUCACAAGGAAAUUCAUAAACAAAAUGAAGAGACAGAGAGAGCAAGAGAGAGGAAGAGGUUAGUUAUGGUUAUUGCAGGUUGGAAAAAGAGAUCAUGAAAUUCAGAAAAAGUUGGGUAUGUUCUGAUGAGUAUACUGCUCACUUCUUACUAUAUUUGAUACCAUAAAGUUUAAGGAAUAUUAUGUGAGUUAUCAGAACCCAGUCACUGGAAAAGAUAUUCUCUUGUUGGUUUUAAAAUCAAUUAAAGGUGCAGCAUGUGAUUAUGAUCUUUAGUGAAUCCUAUUUGUUAAUAAGGUGCUUACCGCUUGCAUAUAAGAAGCAUAUCCAGAUAUAUAUAUAUGUGUAUUGCAUCACGAGAAUUGAUUUAGGAUUGGUACCUAGCCUGCCUGCCACCUACGUUGCAUAGAAGUACCUGAUUUAAAAUUGACUGGAGGAAAAUUAGUUAUGAGCCAUGGGGAGAGGCUUUCUUUGAUAGAAAAGAAGAGAGAGGUAGUCCAAGGAAUUGAGGUAGAGAGCAGUCCUCUCUCUCUCUCUCUCUCUCUCAGAACUGUAAACCUCGGCCAAAGUGUCCAUAUCAUUGUACUUAUUUCUUUUUUUUAUCUUCUUAUCAAUGUUAAGAGCAAAAGAAAUAGGGGUGAAGGUGAAGGUUGUUAGGUAACAAAAUUGCCUUAUUUUUUGCGUGGACAACUAUCAGGCUGCCCUCUUUCUCUCUCGCUCUUUUAGUUACAAUUUAUACCACCCACAGAACUGUGUUAUGUACUCAUCACAUAUUUAUGUGUGCUGCUGCAGCUUAGUUACUAAUUUCAUUUUUAAAGAAUUGAGAAUGAAUUUGCAGGAUUGUCAAGUAAAAAUUCUUAACUGUGCCCCAGGUUGAGAAAAUACAUAUAGGGAAAGAUUUUAGAACAACUGGAUACAGUAAGUUUAAAGUAAGAAAUUGAAUAAUUAUGUUAUGUUAAGUUUAAAUUAUACAAGAGAACUUAAAAACGUCAAAUGUCCCAUUGUUUUAGAAUACGAUUUGAAGAAAAGUAUUGUUGAAGAAAACAAAAUUCUUCUCUAAAUGUCCAAAAUUAAUUGAGGACAGUAAAUUUAUAAUAUUCUUGUGUUUUAUAUUAUAUUUCAACCUGGAAAUGGCAUUGUAAGGCUUGUAACAGUUCCAAUAAGUCAUCCAGUAUUAUUGGGACCUCUGUUUUAUGUAACCAGAGUGUUAGCCGGCACGGGUCAUGAAAAGUGGUGAGUGGCUCUGUAGAGGAGUUCACCUUCGUUUUAUUUCUUCUUGUCUGUGGUUCUGAUAUUAUUGUAUUUUUAGGCUUAACAGAUUGAUGGUUGCCAUAAGGUGUUACUAGUUUUUGGCUUUUUAUUUUCAUAGAGGAAAUAAUGCUUUCCUGUAUUUUAAUUGAAUUAAUUUAUUUUUUAUCAUUAUUAUUUUUUUGGCAUUAUUGGUCUUCUCUCAUGCAGAUAAUUAUGGUUGAUUCUUGAAUUGUUUAUAUCAGUUAUGCCUGAAGUAUUUUAAAAAGAUAAAUUAAAAAAAAAAAAAAAAUUACUUGGGAAGUCUUUACAUCAAAGAAAAGCAAUUAAUAUUACUCAUCGGAAAAAAAA